CUGUCCGCACGAGCACGAGGGAAGGCGGGGAGACGCACACACACACACCACACAGUGGAGAGUCGUAGGCAGGCGGACACACACACAGGCGGACACACACACACACAGGCGGACACACGGACGCGGGAGAGAUCGGCGGCACGGCAGAGCGGACAGGGAGGCGCGAGGCUCCCGGUUACGUCCAUUAGAGAGUCGCCCUUCGCCUCGGCGCGGCGCUUCGUCUCCCGAGCCAUCUCGGCGGGUCCCUUCCUCCUCCAUCUCCUCGUCCUUCACGACUGCGGCGUAGCUCGGCUCAGCAGCCAUGUCGAGUGGGCGCGAGCCUCGCAGCGCAGACAGCCCCAGCACCAGCAGCGGCAGCUCGGACGCUGACCAACUGGACGCCCCCCCACCAGAGACCGAGACCCCCCAGCCCAAGAAGAAAGAGGCCAAGAUCUCGGGCAAAACAGCCGCCAAGCUGUCUACCAGCGCCAAGCGGAUUCAGAAGGAGCUUGCGGAGAUAACACUGGACCCCCCUCCCAACUGCAGUGCUGGCCCAAAGGGAGACAACAUCUACGAGUGGAGGUCCACCAUCCUGGGGCCGCCAGGCUCAGUGUACGAGGGGGGCGUCUUCUUCCUGGACAUCACCUUCACCCCCGAGUACCCCUUUAAGCCCCCCAAGGUGACUUUCCGUACACGGAUUUACCACUGCAACAUCAACAGCCAGGGUGUCAUCUGCUUGGACAUCCUGAAAGACAACUGGAGCCCGGCACUCACCAUCUCCAAGGUGCUGCUAUCCAUCUGCUCCCUGCUCACCGACUGCAACCCUGCUGAUCCGUUGGUGGGAAGCAUCGCCACACAGUACCUGACAAACAGGGCUGAGCAUGAUCGGAUGGCUCGCCAGUGGACCAUGCGGUAUGCCACGUAAGCGGGUUGUCGCCCAAAAGAGUAUUUUCAACAAGGGGUGAUCGAGAAGUUUAUGGCCCGAUGUAGAACUUUCAUCGUGCUCACCUUGAUAAAACCGUGCUAUUGCCCGACCUGCCCCCCCCCCCCCCAUGCAGUUCAAAGUGCUUAGUUCCAUUGCUCAUGAAAUAUACAUUGUCUUCUUACGACUCAAACCGCUCAUUUACACCAUUUUUUGUUGUCAUUAUCAGUCAAAAAAUGUCUUUCUCUGAAAGAGAUUUUUUUGUUUUACUUUUGGAAAACAUGCAGAAGUCACUGGAAGGCCCAGAUCUGAUGAUUGUGUGGAAUGAGCGACCAAUUCAAAUGCGACAUCACGAGUGGCAGCCGUGGCAACUUGGAACUUGUGAGCUGGACCAUUGUUCUGUUAAAACAGCACAAUGUAUCGUGACGUUUUGAACCUUUUUGAUAAUUUGUGAAGUUUUUCUUUUCAAUUGGGAUCUUUGCAAUGCUGCCGUGUGAUGAAUGAAGGUGGCCAAAAAAAAUAAUGUUGUGACUUGAUCUGCCUCCCAUGAAACCAACACUUUGCCUAGCCUUGAAGUCUACACUUUAGUGGUAGUGAUUGUGUUUCCAAUAAAUUAUCUGAGCUUCGGUCUUUGAAUCAAAGUGACAGAUGCAUGUUUUCAUCUUUAGUCACGUGGGUUUUAGAUAACCUUUUUU